AUGUCAAAAGCCAUCGAAGAAGCCUCAGGAGCUGCCGCUUCAACCGUUGAAGUAAUGCAAGAUAUCGGUAAAUUUGCAUUAGAAAGACGUGUUACUGGCGAAUUUGCCAAAGGGUCCAUUAAAGUUAUGGGAAACGUUGCAGAUGCUGUUGGUACAUACCUACCCGUUGUAUUAAUUGUAUCAAGUUUGGUAAAAGAAAUAGUGGAACUAUAUGAAAAUGUUCAAUAUAAUAAAAGAACUUGCGGUAUAUUAGUUAAUCGAGUUGAAGCCGCCGAAACCGCUAUUAAAGCAUUAAUGAGGCAAUCGGAAGAUAAUCUUCAAAACUUUUGUAAACAAAGUUAUUAUGAUUCUUUUCUAAGAUUUGUAAAUUGUUUAAAACAAAUUAAGAAAUUUUGUGUUGAAAUUUCAAAUUUAUCGAAAUUUAAAAAUUUUGUUACAAGCGGGGCUAUUAAAGAUAAUUUUGAAAAGGUUAUCGGCGAAUUUAAUGAAUGUUCCGAUCUUUUGAAUUUGGCAAUUUCUGUCGCUACAAAAGAGCAAAUGGAUAAGGAUUUUACAAUUUUACAAAAUGAUAUUGUUGCAAUGAAAAAGUUUUUGGAUGAUAUUGAAGGUGGUGUUACAUCUAUUGACAAUAAAGCCGAUGAUAUUAAGUCAGAUACUUCUCUUAUCCUUGGCGAAAAUCGCGAAAUUAAGAUUGUAAUUGAAAAUAUUCAACAACAAAAUGACAAGAUUAUGGAACAAAACAGACAGCUUUUAGAAUUUAAAAAUCAAGAUAAAGCACUUAGUUUCGGUUCACUUAAUGAUGAAAUUGAUGCCAUCACCUCAUUUAAUAAACAAGUAAAUGAGCAAAGUUCACUACAUGUAGAAGCUAAACGAAUCAACGCUUCAGAAAUUCAAGAUCCUCCAGAAAUCGAUCAUCGUAAAGGCAGCAGAGUUAUAGUUCAAAAAAAAAUGUUUAAUGCAGUGGAAGUGGCUUGCAAACCGAUUGCUACGAACAAUGUGCAAAAAAUUCAGAAGCAUCUUGCUAUUUUGGGAAAGUUAGACACUUGUCCAUAUAUUAUUAAGUUUCAUGGAGUAUCAGAAUUACCUGAUAAAAAAGUUGUAAUGGUUUUUGAAUGGGCAGAAAGAGGAACUUUAAAAGAAGUUUACACGAGAUAUAAGCUUGGAUGGGAGGAAAAAAUUACUAUUGCAAGGGAUAUUUGUCGUGGAUUGGCCUUUUUACAUGCAGUGGAAAUUUUGCACCAUGAUAUUCGAUGCGAAAACGUGUUAAUGACUGAGAAGAUGCAACCCAAACUUUGUAAUUUCAAAUUUGCUCGUGAAGUUAACGCUGUCACCAGUCAGAUAGAUGAUAUGAAUGCUAUAAUACAUUGGUUAGCACCCGAAAAAUUGAUUAGUUUUGAUCGUGAUCAGAAAGGCUCUAAAAGACAAGAAGAAUCUAGAUAUACUAUUCAAUGUGAAAUUUUCAGCUUUGGAAUGACCCUUUGGGAACUUGCCUUUGAAAAAAUACCAUACAAAAAUAAGUCUAUGGUAGACAUACAAAAAUCUGUUUCCAAAGGUGGUAGAGAAUCUCUGGAGUUUGGUUUAACCGAUAACCCACUUCAAACGGGAUAUGGUGAAAUAAUUAAGCUCGCUUGGCAACAAGAACCAUCAUUACGUCCAGGAAUUCAACCUCUCUUCAAUAUGAUGAAUGGAUUAUAUCAAAAAUAUGUAUUAAAUAUAAUUUCUCCGGUAAUACGUAGUAAUGAUGAUGAUAACCAAGACGACUUAACUAUCCCCGAUCUUGAGCUUUCUAAUUCUACACCAAUUACACCUAUACUCACGGUCAAAGAAGGUUUACAAGCUCACAAAGCAGGACAAUAUGAAAAGGCUUGGGGAUGUUUCAAAGGAAAUGCAGAUGUAGGAGAUGUAUUGGCAAAAUAUUGGUGCGGGUAUUAUUAUCUGGAAGGCAGGCAUGUGGAGAAAAACAAGAAACGUGCUAUGGAAUUAUUUAAGGAGGCAGCGGAUGCGGGUAAUGCUGAUGCUCAAUUACGAUAUGCAUUCUGUUUAAUUGAUAAGGAAAAUCAAAAUAUUGAUAGUAAAAAAUUCAUGGAAUAUUUAAAACUGGCGGCGGAUAAUAAAAAUCCUACUGCCCUUUAUAACCUUGGCGAUGUAUAUUUUUCAGGUAAACUUAAUUUUGCAAAGGAUAUAAAAAAAGGUAUUAAAUAUUUAAGACAAGCUUGUUUGUAUAAUCAGACUAAAGCGAUAGAAAUUUUAAAAAAAAAUAAUAUUAGUAUAUAUGAAUAA